AUGGCCUCCACUUACGACGCAAACGAUGGUGGCGUGCACGCGGUAGUAAGCGCCGCAGCCACUGAGGUUGUGGUGCGCUCGUCUGGUGAAGACGUGCCGACAUGCGGUGAUGUGGUCCUCUUCUCAGACGCAUCCACCGUCAUCACGCGCUUCUCAAACGACACCCACAAGAGCAACCUCAACCCCUUUGAGGUGGGCGCCUACUGCUACAACCCAGACAACCUGGAGAUUUCAACGGUGUCCCCCACCAUGGGCCAGGAAGGCACGGCCAUCACCAUCACGGGCCGCUUCCCUCCCCGCCAUGGUGUUGCGUCAGCGCUGACAACAGCGCUCGUCGCGGGCAACAACGCCACCGUCGAGUCGUCGGGGUCCUUCUCCGCCAUCAUUCGCCUCGGCGCCGGUAUGGAAGGGGACACCGGGCCCGUGCGGGUCAUGGCAGAGACGGGCGCCUUCGCCGUGUCAACUGUCAACGUCACGUAUGUUGCCCCGGGCAACAUCACAAACGUGACACCCACAGCCGGCCAGCACGGCACCCGCAUCACCAUCACGGGCACGGGCUUCUUUGGCCUCACAGGCACCGCCGUCACCGCCGUCCUCGUCGACAGCGUUCCCGCCAUCGAAAUCGUCAUGCAGAACGACACGUACGUGGUGGCCCGCCUCGGCGCCGGCUCCGCAAACGCUGCGGCCGUCGUGCGCGUCGAGUCCGACGACGGGUCGUACACCCUGUACGGCGACACCUUUGAGAAGCUGGCGGACGGAACGGUUGCAGCCAUCACCCCGGCAGCGGCCCAGCCCACCCGGACCAUCUCCAUCACGGGCACCAACCUCAUGGGCGACGGCACCACGUUCGUGUCCCACUUCCUCGGCACACACAACGUCACUGCCAACGUCGUGGGCACGCCAACGAACAGCCUCGUCGUCAUCCAGGUCCCGGACGGCGUUGGCUUUGCCCAAUACACGGCAACCUCGGAGACGGGCAGCAUCGUGCAGUCUGGCGCACAGGGGUUUGCCUUUGCCAACAUCACCAGCAUCACACCAAGCCAGGGGCAGGCGGGCACGCGCAUCACCCUGGCUGGGUUUGGCAUGACCUCCGGCGCAAUGUCUGCCAGCUCCGUCCUCCUCGGUACGGCCGCCGCCACCGUCGUCUCCAGUUCGGCAACCCAGAUUGUCGCCACCGUGGGCUCCGCGUCGGCCGGCACCGUAUUCCCCACCGUUGUCGGCACCAACGGCUACAACGUCUCCUCCACCGCCGUCAACUUCACCUACCUGCCGCCGCAGCAAAUCAACGCCGUCACCCCCUACUUUGGCCAGCACGGCACCCGCGUCAACAUCUCGGGCGUCAACCUCCUUGGCGGCGGCAGCACCGUCGUCCAGGUCAUGCUUGAUGGCAUCAACGCAACCAUCGAGUCGCAGUCAGACACGGAGAUUAUCGUGCGCGCCGGCGUCAACGAUCCCGGCGAGGGCGACGUCGUCGUGAUCACCGACACGGGCGCGCGGGUCACCCGCACCGACGGCUUCCUCUACAUCUUCCCGGGCAGCAUCACCACCAUCAGCCCGUCCAGUGGCCAGGUCGGCACGCACGUCACGCUCUCGGGUACCUCCCUCAUCGGCGGCGGCACGCAGCUGGCGUCUGCCACCGUUGCCGGCGUCGCAGCAUCCAUCCUCUCGGCCACGGACAUCCAAGUCGUCGUGCAGCUUGCAGAGGGUGCCGCGACCAUGGGCACCGUGCGCCUGACCGCCGACACGGGCGCCAUCGUCUCCUCUGCGGGCAUGUUCACGUACAUUGAGCCUGGCAACAUCACCGCCGUCUCCCCUGCACAGGGCGUGCUUGGCACGACGGUCACCAUCACGGGCACCAACCUGCUCGGCGGCGCGAUGACCCUCUCCAGCGUCACCAUCGGCAACGUCUCUGCCACUGUCACCUCAGCCACAAACACGCAGGUGGUGGUGCAGGCUGGGCACAAGGCCGCUUCCAUGGCACCCGAGGACAUUGUUAUCACCGCCAGCACGGGCGCGCGCAUCAACGGCACCGCGCUCUUCACCUACCAGGAGCCCGGCGUCAUCGCCCAGGUGCAGCCAAGCAGCGGCGCAUUCGGUACGCGCAUCACCAUAACGGGCACAAACCUGCGCACCAACGGCACGGCCGUCACCAACGUCACCCUCAACGGCGUGCAGGCCACAGUCGUGUCCGAGAACAGCACGCGCGUCGUUAUCACCGCAGGCUCUUUUGCCGGCGCGGGCGCGGGCGAUGUCAAGGUAUUCAGCAACCUCGGCACCUACGCCCUCCUCUCCAACGGCUUCACCUACGUCGGGCCGCCCCUCAUCACAGACGUCAGCCCCGCAGUGGGCAUCACCGGCAGCGAGGUCACCGUCACGGGCUCCUCGCUCCUCGCCGGCGGCACGCGCAUCGUGCGCGCCACCCUGGCCAACGUCAACGCCUCGCAGAUUCUGAUUGGCAACCGCAACUUCAUCGUCGUCCUGGUUGCUGGGCAGAACCCAAACCCGUCCGCCAACACCACGGGCGACGUUGUGCUGUACACGGACACGGGCGCCGUUGUCACGCUGGCCGGCGCCUUCCGCUACCAGCCGGACGGCAACAUCACCCGCGUCACACCGGCCAUGGGCCAGGUCGGCACGCGCGUCACCAUCCAGGGCACAGAGCUGCUGGGCAACCCGCCCUCGCAGCUGCAGUACGUGCUGCUCGGUGACAUUCGCGCCACCAUCGUGUCUGCCACCGACGCCGAGGUCAUCGUGACGGCGGGCUCCUCUGUCGAGGCCGGCCCUGUCACCGUGCUCUUGCACACGGAGAGCGGCGCUGACAUCACCCUCCCCUUUGGCUUCACGUACGUUGAGGAGGGUGCCAUCUUCAGCAUCACCCCGUCCAGCGGCCAGGUCGGCACCGUCGUCACUAUUCAGGGCAACAACCUCCUCUCCGGCGGCGCGGCCAUCAGCACCGCGCUCUUCGGCUCCACGGCCGCCACGGUCCUCAACGCCACAAGCACGCGCGUCACCGUGCGCGUGCAGAACGCCACCGCCUCCAUGGCGCAGAACGUGCGUCUCACUGCAGACACGGGCGGCUUUGUCCUGCGCGAGCGCAUCUGGACCUACCUGCAGCCGGGCGUGGUCACGGCCGUCAACCCGCCCUAUGGCCAGUUUGGCACCCGCGUCACCAUCACCGGCGAGCGCCUGCUCUCUGGCGGCUCCUCCGUGCAGGCCGUGCGCUUUGGCAGCGUCAGCCACCACGCCAUCGAGUCAGAGUCGCCCACGCAGAUUGUCGUGCGUGUCGGCGACAACGAAGGCAACCUCACCGCCGGCAGCGACAUCACCAUUGUCGCAAACACGCAGGCCUCCCUCACCGCCCAGGAUGUGUGGCAGUGGACCGCGCCCGGGAACAUCUCCACCGUUCAGCCAAACACGGGACAGUACGGCACACGCAUCACCGUCACGGGCACAAACCUCUUUGGCAACGGCACCGCCCUGCAAGAGCUGCGCGUGGGCACCCUCAACGCCACCGUCACCAACGCGACGUCCACCCGCGUCGUGGCAUCCAUCAACAACAACAUGGCCACCACGGGCCCCGUCAACGUCAUUCUCGAGUCAAACACGGGGGCGCUCGUUGUCCUUGGCCUCGGCUUCACCUACACCGCCGUGGGCGAGAUCCUGAGCGUCUCCCCAGACAGCGGUGCGGCCGGCACCCUCGUCACCAUCUCCGGCCAGCGCCUGCUUGGCGGCGCCGCGGACGUUGCCUCUGUCACCCUCGCCGACGUCUCCGCCACCGUGCUCUCUGCCAACGCCACCCAGGUCGUGGUCGAGGCAACGACAGCAGCGGCAGCCGGCGCCGGGGACGUGGUCAUCACGGGCACGACUGGCGCCCUCGUCUCAAAGACGACGGGCUUCACCUACGUGGAGGCACCCAACAUCACUGACGUUACGCCCGCAGAGGGAACCUUUGCCACGCGCGUCACAGUCACGGGCACAAACCUCCUCGCCGGCGGCACCGCCUUUGUCACCGGCACCGUGGGCGGCAUUCCCGCCAUGCUCACCACCGCAGACAGCAACACGCAGAUUGUGCUGGUCACCCCGAACGUCACCGCCCUCGGGGCUGCCCAGGUUGCCUUCACCACAGACACGGGUGCCGUGGUGCAGGCAUCGAACCUGUUUACCUACCGUGCACGCGGCAGCGUCGCCAGCGUCACUCCCGUCUUUGGACAGGUCGGUACGCUGGUCACCAUCACAGGCCCCAACCUGCGGUCGUACGGCGCCGCUGUCGAUGCCGUCGCCUUCAAUGGCACCGCCGCCACCAUUUCCUCGCAGAACAACACCCACGUCAUCGUGGCCGUGGGCGAGUCGUCCGUGGAGGGCCUCGUCAACGUGCGGCUCACGGCAGACACGGGCGCAUACAUUGACGCACUCAACGCGUUCACCUACGUCAUGCAGGGGAACAUCUCCCUUGUGUCGCCAAACUCUGGCCAGGUGCAGACGCGCGUCACCAUCACGGGCACCCAUCUCCUCGGCAACGGCACCAGCCUCGCCUCGGUCACGCUGGCCGGCGUGGCAGUCGAUUCCAUUGAGGUGCAAACCUCUUCCAUGGUCGUCGUGCGUGCGGGCGCACGUACAACCGCCAUCACUGGCGACGUGGUCCUCACCGCAGACACCGGCGCCACCGUGACGCUUGAGAACGGGUUCUCCUACAUCACCCCGGGCGCCAUCACGGGCAUCAGCCCCGCGCAGGGUCAGCUCGGCACCCGCAUCACCAUCACAGGCACGGGCCUCUUUGGCGGCGGCUCUGCCGUGCAGAACGUCACGUUUGGCGGCGUGGACGCGCUCGCCAUCCUGUCUGCGACAAACGCUUCUGUCGUUGCUCGUGCCCCUGUCAUGAACGCCGGUGCCGUGGCCAUCGCCAUCAUCUCGGACACGGGCGCAACCACCACCUCAACUGCCGGCGCGUUCACGUUCGACGCACCUUCCGCCAUCUCCAGCAUCAGCCCAAGCUCCGGCACCGCGGGCACCCUGGUCACCGUGACGGGCACAAGCUUGUUUGGGGUGAGCAAUGGCGCCAGCAUCGUCGCGGGCCUUUUCGGAACCGCAAACGCCACCGUGCAGUCGUUCACAUCCACACAGGUGGUACUGGUGGCGCCACAAUCCGCCGCGUCCAACGUCACCAUCACCAUUGAUGCCGACAGCGGCGCGCGCACGGUGAGCACGGACAUGUUUCGGUUCCUCGCCCCCGGCAACAUCACCGACUUUGCUCCAAAGAUGGGCGUGACCGGAACCCACGUCACCAUCGUCGGCUCCAACUUGCUGGGCGGCGCAUCAACCGCCCAGUCGGUGACCGUGGCCGGCGUUGCAGCCUCUGUGGUCAGCGCCACGGCGUCCAGCAUUGUCGCUGCUCUUGGCGAGGGUACAACCCAGGCUGGCCCCAUUGUCGUCACGGGCGGCGAAGGCUCCCUGCUGCAGAGCGCAGCGCAGUUCCAGUACAUCAACCAAUCGGUGAUUCUCAGCGUCAGCCCUUCCUCUGGGCAGUCCGGAACCGCUGUGCAAAUCGUCGGCGAGGCCCUGCGUGCUGGCGGCGUCAAUGUCUCCUCGGUCACGCUCGCUGGCAUCGCUGCAACCAUCGUGUCCGAAAACGACACUGUGGUCUCGGUCACCGCGGGCGUGAACCCGUCUGGCAACGCAACCACGGGCGACGUUGUCGUGUCAGCGUCAAACGGUGGCCGCACCGUCCUGGCAAACGCCUUCUCGUACCAGCAGAGUGGAAGCAUCGUGUCUGUGGUUCCUUCCUCUGGCCAAGGAGGUACAUAUGUCACCAUCACAGGCACUGACCUCCUGGCUGGCGGUACCAACCUCACCUCCGUGCAACUGGGCACCGUGCAGGCGACCAUUGUCAGUGCUUCGUCAACAACGGUCGUUGUUCGCGCUGGCGACGGCCCAGCGGUGCAAACAGCGGUGGACGUCAUGCUCACCUCAAACACCAACUCCUUCACCUCAAAGACCAACGGGUUCACGUACCUCAAGCCCGGUGAGGUGUUUGCCGUCGACCCCCAGCGCGGGCAGGGCGGCAUUCAGGUGCGCAUUGGUGGUGUUGACCUGUGCGGCGCUGGCUCUGUGAACCUCACAUCCGUCACCCUGGCAAACAUCAGCGCCACCAUCGACUCGGAGGAGGGCUGUUUCCUCGUCACCGUCACGGCUGGCACCACAGACUUCAACACGUCCGUGGUUGGCGACCUGGUGCUCGUCGGCAACACGGGCUCCACGGUUCGCCUGCAGAACGCGUUCACAUAUGUCCCGUCCGGGCUCAUCUCGUCGGUCAGCCCGGGGGUUGGCCAGGGCGGGCAGGCCGUGACGGUUCGUGGCCGUUCACUUCUUGGCGGCGGCAACAGCCUCACAGCUGCGUCCCUUGCGGGCGUCCCGGCCACGGUCAUCAGUGCAAACUCAACAUACGUGUCGCUGGUGGCCAACAGCGGUCCUAUCUCCUCCACGCGCAGGGUGGGCGAUGUCAGCCUGACUUCAGACAUUGGCGUGACUGUCACGGCCACAAACGGCUGGUCAUAUGCCGUCAUCUCCUCCAUCCAGCCAACCAGCGGCCAGGGAGGCACAUUCGUCACCAUCGCUGGGCAGGACCUUCUUGCUGAUGGAGCUGGCAUCACCGCCGUCACCCUUGCCGGCGUGCGCGCGUCAUCCAUCGUCUCGGCCAACGACACGCAAGUCGUUGUCCGCGCAGCCGCGCAGGCAGUGACUGUUAACCAGGCCGGCGUGGUGGAGCUGACAACAGACAAUGGGCAGAGCGUCCUCUCAAGGUCAGGCCUCGACAACAGCGACGUGCAGCGGUUCACGUACCGGCCACCAGGAGCGAUUACCAGCGUGAGCCCGGCGCAGGGGCAGGCAAACACCACGGUGACCAUCACCGGCACUCGCCUGCUCGGGUACGGCACAAGCGUGCAGUCUGUCACGUUUGGAAACACAACAAGCGGCACCGUCAUCUCUGGAACAGACACGAAGGUUGUUGUGGUCGCACCAGAGUCCGCGGAUGUCGGCGCAGUAAACAUCACCAUCACAUCAAACACGGGUGCGAUCGUUGAAACCGAUGCCGCAUUCACCUACGUUGCACAGGCAAGCAUCAGCGGAGCAACGCCUGGUGUUGGGCAGGGUGGCACGCGGGUGACGGUGACGGGUGUGUCGCUGCUUGGCGGCGCGACGACGCUGCGGGACGUGACGCUUGCUGGCGUGUCUGUGCGCGAGAUUGUGUCGUUCAACGACACGCAGGUAGUGGUGGUUGCGGCAGCGCACGGGAGCGCGGUGUCUGGGGAUGUUGUGGUGCAGUCUGCCAACGGGGCGUUUGUGAGCCUGGUUGGCGGGUUCAACUACAGCGAGCCUGGUGCUGUUGCGAGUGUGAGCCCCGACAGCGGACACGCGGGGACGCGCGUUGUGAUUGAGGGCACACGGCUGCUCGGGAGCGGGUCGAGCCUUGUGUCUGUGACGCUGGGCGGCGUGAGCGUGGCUUCGAUUGUGAGCGGGAACAACACGCGCGUUGUUGUGGUUGCGGCUGCUGGGAGCGCCGGUGCUGGGGACGUUGUUCUGACGGCCAACACUGGUGCGGAGGUGAUUGCGACUGGCGGGUUCACGUAUGUGGCCGCGGGCGCGAUUGACCAGGUGCAGCCUGCGUCUGGCCAGUUUGGGACGCGCGUGACGAUCAACGGGACGAACCUGCUUGGAGGCGGGUCGUCUGCUGCGACUGUGCGGCUUGGCGGCGUUGCGGCGAUGGUUGUGUCUGGGACGUCGACGGAGGUGGUUGUUGUUGCUCGGAGCGGGAGCGCCGGUGUUGGCGACGUUGAGAUUGUGGCUGACACGGGGGCUGUUGUGAGCAAGAGCAACGCGUGGGAGCAGCUUGAGGAUGGCGUGAUUACGAGCGUUGUUCCGGCGCAGGCGCAGAAGGAUGCGCGCGUGACGAUCCAAGGUGCGCGGCUGCUGGGCGGCGGCCAGGACAUUGCGCGGGCUGUGCUUGCUGGCGUUGAUGCGACGUACGAGAGCGGGAGCGGCAGCGACACGGAGGUAGUUGUUGUGGCUGCGCUUGGCACGGCUGGUGCGAACGGCAGCGUGCUGCUUGUUGCUGACACUGGCGCCGAGGUGUCGCUUUCGCUCGGGUUUGAGUAUGUUGCGCGCGGGAGCAUCAGCAGCGUGGAGCCGAGCACGGGCUCUGCGGGGACGCUUGUGACGAUCAGCGGCAGCAACCUGCUGAGCGGCGGCGCGAGCAUUGAGGGCGUGACGCUCGCUGGUGUUGCAGCUGCACAGGUUGUGAGCGGCAACGACACGGUGAUUGUUGUUGAGGCAGGACAGCAGUCGAGUGCGGUGAGCGGGAUGGUUGUGACGACCUCUGACACUGGCUCGACGAGCGUGCUGUCGAGUGGGACGGCGUUUACGUACAUUGCGCCCCCGAGCAUCGACACUGUGUCGCCUGCGAGCGGGCAGGAAGGGACGCGCGUGACGCUGAGCGGGCAGAACCUGCUGUGCGGCGGGUCGAGCGUGCGCACUGUGACGCUUGCGGGCGUUGCUGUUGGCACGGUUGUGAGCGAGAGCGACACGUCUGUUGUUGUUGACGCUGCGCCCGGUGCUGCUGGCAAUGGCAGUGUGCGGAUUGAGGCUGACACGGGGGCGUUUGUUGAGCUUGCUGAUGGCUGGACGUACAUUGAGGCUGGCAGCGUGAGCAGCGUUGAGCCUGCGACUGGGCAGCGUGGGUCUGUUGUUGUGAUCCGCGGGACGAACCUGCUUGGCGGCGGCAGCGACGUGUCGAGCGUGACGCUUGCCGGCGUUGAGGUGACGUCGAUUGACAGCGCCAACGCGACGGUUGUCGUUGUUGUUGCUGGCGGCCGGAGCACGGCUGGCGCUGGGGACGUUGUGCUGAUGUCUGACACGCGGGCGACGGUGACUGCGAGCGGGGCGUUUACGUACCUGGAGCCUGGCAACAUCACGAGCGUGAGCCCGAGCGUGGGCCAGGACGGCACGCGGGUUGUGAUUGAGGGCGAGCGGCUGCUUGGCGACGGGGACAAUGUGAUGAGCGUGACGCUGGCUGGGGUUGCGGCGACGGUGACUGGCGCGUCGCAGAGCCAGAUCAACGUGACGGCGCAUGCGUCGACGGCCAAGACGGGCGACGUCGUUGUUGUUGGCAACACGGGCAUCAUUGUGAGCAGCACCAACGCGUGGACGUUUGGCACGCCUGGUUACGUUGAGGGUGUUGAUCCUGGGCGUGGUGUUGCUGGCACGGAAGUGCUGAUCUAUGGCAACAAUCUUCUUGGUUAUGGUUCAUCUGUGGCGAGCGUGACGCUCGAUGGUAUUGCUGCGAACAUCACGUACCAAAGUGACGUGCUGAUCAAGGUCAUCGCAAAUGACGGCGUUGCUGGUGCGGCCGGGGACAUCGUCGUCACCGCCAACACGGGUGCUUUUGGGACUGCGGGGAACGCGUGGACAUACGUCAGUGCACCCAACAUUACAUCAGUAUCUCCUUCAUCGGGCACCCUCGGAACCCUUAUCACCAUCCAGGGCACGUCCUUGCUCGCUGGCGCUGACAGCAUCGACUUUGUGACGCUUGCUGGUGUGACAGCGACCAUCACCUUCCAAAACGACACCCUCGUGGUCGUUCGGGCCGGAAGUGGCAGUGCCCGCACCGGCGAUGUUGUGAUUUCCACUGACAACGGUGCAACCAUUCGCAAUCGGAACGCUUUUACAUUUGUUCAACUCGGCGAGAUCCACAGCAUUGAACCAACGAGCGGUAUCGGUGGCACACUUGUCACGAUCACUGGAAGCCAGUUGUUGCUCGGCGCACAAGGUCUUUCAUCUGUCACGCUGUUCAUGACCGCGGCGAGCGUGAUCAGUGCAAGCAAUAGCAUGGUGGUUGUUCGUGCAGGCACUCCAACUCUGCCAGUAGUGGUUCAGAGCGCGGCGUCUGCCAACCCGACGACAGGCGACGUAAUUGUCACCGCAACCAACGGUGCAACGAUUCGGCGUACAAGCGGCUUCACGUACAUCAUGUCACCGAACAUCACUGACAUCACACCGCCGAGCGGCCAGGUUGGGACGCGGGUGACGAUUGUUGGCAGCGGUCUGCUUGCGGGCGGCAGCAGCGUGUCGAACGUGACGCUGGCCGGGGUAGCUGCGGAGAGCGUUGUGAGCGCCAACGACACGAGCGUCGUUGUAGUUGCAGGGAGCGGCAGUCCCGGGAACGGCAGCGUGACGGUGACGGCGGACACGGGUGCGUCGUACAGCAGCGACAGCGUGUGGACGUAUGUUGAGGCGAGCACGAUUGACAGCUUUGCACCUGUGACUGGCCAGGAGGGCACGUAUGUGACGAUCCGUGGGCAGCGGCUGUUUGGCGGCGGCAGCACGGUUUCGCGCGUUGUGCUUGCUGGCGUGGAUGCUGCGGUGCAGGCUGGCGGCAACAGCACGUAUGUAGUGGCGCGUGCAGCAGCGAGCGUUGCUGGCGCAGGCCGUGUUGUGGUUGAGAGCGACACUGGAGCGCGGGCUGUUGCGACGGGCGACUUUACGUAUGCGGACGCGGGCGUUGUGACGACGCUGAUGCCAGCGAGCGGGCAGCGCGGGACGCGUGUGACGAUUGUUGGCGAGCGGCUGCUUGGCGGCGCGAUGUCGCCGGCUGUUGUGCGGCUUGGCGGCCGCGCUGUGAUGAGCGUUGUGAGCGCCAACUCGACCAUGGUUGUGGUGCGGGCGUCGAACGGCACGGUUGGCACGGGCGACGUUGAGAUUGAGUCUGUGAGCGGGGCCAUUGUGCGCGGCGUUGGGCUGUGGGAGCAGCUUGCCGAGGGCCAGGUGACGGGCGUGUCGCCGUCGAGCGGUGCUGCUGGUACGCUGGUUACGCUGUUUGGCAGCUCCCUGACACUGGGCUCCAACACCGUGACGCUGCUGAGCGGUGGUGUAUCCACGUCGGUUGUCUCUCGCAACGCCACCCAUGUUGUGUUUGAGCUUCCUGCGUCUCUUCCCACCGGCUCCGUUACGUUUGCCUUGCGCGCAGACACGCUUGCAGAGGCGUCUCUCGUCGAUCAGUUUACGGUGCUUGCAUCUGGAUCUGUCACGUCUGUGGUUCCGUCACCCUCUAUCCAGGGGGCACGGGUCACCAUUCACGGCACUGGUCUGCUCGGUGGCGGUACGGCUGUAACAACAGCGUUGUUUGCAUCCGAGGCAGCGACAAUCCUCUCGUCCAGCGAGACGACUGUUGUUGUGAUUCUGCCUGGCCUCGAUGCGCCAGGACCAGUGAACAUCACACUUGUCUCCGACACUGGUGCGACCGUGUUCGUGACAAACUCGUUCUCGUACGCGUACUCCCCGUCCAUUGACACGCUUGCGCCCACCAGUGGGCAGGAAGGCACCCGGGUUACGCUGCAAGGUUCGCUCUUGCUCGCUGGCGGCAGCAACAUCACCCGCGUGUUGCUGGAUGGCCGCGACGGCACUGUACUGACGUCAAACGACUCGAUGGUGACGUUUGCUGUCCCAGCCAACGCACAGGGCCCUGCUGUGGUCCAGCUCAUUGCAGACACGGAGGCCACCUACAACCUGACUUCGAGGUUCACGUACCUGCGUCGGCCGCGCAUCAGUGCCCUUGCGCCAUCGUCUGGCCAGUACGGCACGCGCGUGACGGUGAGUGGCGUGGAAUUGCUUGGUGGCGGCUCGGGCGUUGCCUCGCUGACCGUGGCUGGUCAAGAGGCGCACUCGAUUGAGAGCGCUUCCAACGAAACGAUUGUGUUCCGUGCCCCACAGGGCACGCAGGGCACGCAAGGCACGGUGGUGGUGACGGCCGACACGGGCGCAGUUGCGCGCGGCACACCAACGUUCUCGUAUGUUGAGGCCGGCAGCAUCAGCACCGUGUCGCCAUCGACUGGACAGGCAGGCACCCUCGUGACUGUGACGGGCUCCAACCUGUUUGGUCUGCUGAAUGGCACAGCUGUGGUGAACGCCACGCUUGCUGACAUACCUGUGGCGGCGGUGGUGUCGUCCUCAGCCACGCAGGUGGUGCUCAAGGCUGCGUUGUCUGCGGUGGGCAUGACGGGCUCUGUGUCGCUCGUGGCCGACAGUGGCGCGAUUGUGGCCCGCUCUGCGGCUUGGACGUACAUUGCACCCGGUGCCAUCACCUCUGUUGACCCCGGCGUGGGUCAGGUGGGCACCUAUGUCACGCUUCGCGGCACCAACCUGCUUGGCGGCGGUGCCUCGGCGACGCAGGUGAGGUUUGGCGGCGAUGCGGGCACCGUUGUGAGCGGCAACUCCACCGUGGUUGUUGCCCGCGGCGCCAAUGGCACUGCAGGCACCGUGGGUGUUGCGAUUGUGGCCGAUACGGGGGCAACGGUGUCGCUGCCCGGUGCAUGGCUGCGGCUGGCAUCUGGCAGUGUGUCGAGCGUCGCGCCUGCCUUUGGACAGGGCGGCACGCGAGUGACCAUCACCGGCGUCGGGCUUCGUGGAAACGGCACCCGCGUGACCAAGGUGACGCUGCGCGGGCUUGAAGCCACCGUGAUGAGCGAGAGCGACGAUCAAGUGGUGGUCGCUGCUGCUGCCAGCCCAAGCGCUGGUGUUGGCGACGUGGUGCUUGAGUCUGACACGGGUGCGCAGGUGACCUCGACGUCUGCUUGGGAGUAUGUUGAGCCUGCACGUGUGGACAGCGUGUCGCCAGCCUCUGGCCAGCGCGGCACUCGUGUCACGGUGCUUGGCGCCGGCUUGCUUGCCGGCGGUGCAAACGUGACCCGCGCAAGCCUGGGCGGCACAAACGCCACCCUCCUCUCAGCCAACGACACCCGGGUUGUGCUGGCCGCGGGUGAUGCUGAUCCACAGGUCCUGGUUGGCCUGCGCCUGGAAAUGGGCUCUGGCGCUGUGGUGACACACGCGAAUGCCUUCACGUACCUGACGCGCGGCAACAUUGAUUCCGUGACGCCUGCGAGCGCCAGUGCGGGUGCGCUGGUGACCAUUACGGGCUCCUUGUGCGGCGGUGGCAGCUCGAUUGUGGACGUGCUGUUUGACACGUUCAACUCGACCAUCGAGGCGUCCAGCUGCAGCCAGGCGCGCGUGCGCGUUCCCGACACCGGCCUCAACACGUCGGUGUCUGUGAGCGUGGUGUCUGACACGGGCAGCAUUGUCGAGCUGGUUGGCGGGUUCACCUACCUUGCGGAUGGCGCCAUCUUGUCGAUCUCUCCACCCGCGGGCCAGUCUGGAACCGUGGUUGAGAUUCGCGGCGUGAACAUGCUUGGCGGGUCAGCCGGCAUCUCGUCCCUCAAGCUGGCCGGCUCCAACGUGCUGGUGGAUGUGGUGAGCGACACGUUCAUCAACGCGACCGUGCUCACGGGCUCUGGGCAGGGCGACGUGACGCUGGUGUCGCAGGCGGGCGUGACGCUUCGCCUGCGCAAUGGGUGGACGUUCAGCCGCGUGCAGCAGCUGGAGCCGAACAGCGGCAUGCGUGGCACGGUUGUCACAAUCCGCGGCCUCGCACUGCUUGCCGGUGGGUCCCGCGUUGCGUCGGCGCGCCUGGGCGGCCAACCCGUUGCCAGCAUCGUGUCCAACUCCUCCAGCGAGGUUGUUGUGGAGGCGGCUGCGAACCUGGUGACGGCGGACACACGCGGCGACGUGGUUCUGACGAUGGACAACGGGCAGACGGUGUCGCGCUCCAACGUGUGGACAUACAAGCCGCCGGGCUCGAUUGACCUCGUUGAGCCUGGCAGCGGCCAGAGCGGCACGGUUGUCACGAUUAGCGGCACCGAGCUGCUUGGGUACGGCACCAACUACACGUCUGUGUCCCUCUCUGGCGUUCCCGUGCAGUCGAUCCUGUCUGCAAACAACACGCGCGUGGUGGUGGUUGCAGCGGCAAGCGCCACGCAGCAGGCCGGCGACGUCGUGCUUGUCUCUGACACGGGCUCGCGGGUUGUCCUUGCUGACGGCAACGCGGGCACGUUCCUGCAGGACGGGCUCUGGCAGUAUGUGGCACCCGCAGAGCUGACGAGCGUGUCGCCGGCCGAGGGCCAGGUCAGCACCCUCGUCACCGUCACCGGCACGGGCCUGCGCGGUGGCGGCAACGCCAUCGACCAGGUGCUGCUGUCUGGUGUGGAGGCGGACGUGGUGAGCGAGUCCGACACACAGCUGGUCGUGCGGGCGCAAGCGGGCAUGCCGACCGCCGUGGCCGGCAGCAUUGAGAUUCUGGCGGACACGGGCGCGCGCGCCGUGUUUGAGCAGGCGUGGCGCUACGUGCCUGCAGGCAACGUGUCGUCCGUGUCGCCGUCAACUGGACAGCAAGGAACGCUGGUGACCAUUUCCGGCACGCGCCUGCGCGGCAACUCCACGGCUGUCGAGCGUGUGCUGCUGGCUGGCGUGGAGGCGACGGUGCUGUCUGAGAGCGACGCCCUGGUGGUGGUGUCAGCGGAGGCCUCUGCCGGCACCAGCGCUGGCGACGUGGUGCUGAUUGGCAGCACGGGCGCCACGGUCACGGCCAGCACGGCGUUCAGGUACCUGACGCCGGCAAACGUGACGCUGGUGAGCCCGUCCAUGGGUCAGCUCGGAACGCUGGUAACCAUCACGGGCACGGCGUUGCUGGGCGGCGGCUCCAACAUCUCGCGCGUGCUGUUCAACUCCACGUCCUCACUGCGGGUGCUGUCCGCAAGCGACACGGUUGUUGUGGCGGAGUCGCCGCGUUCUGGUGUUGCUGGCACGGUUGACCUGACGCUGAUUGCGGACACGGGCGCCUUCACAGCAGUGACGGGCGGCUGGACGUUCCUUGAGCCCGGUGUUGUGGACAGCGUGGAUCCCCCGCAGGGCCAGGUCGGCACAUCUGUGACGAUCCGCGGACGCAACCUGCUGCAGGGCGCAAUGAACGUGACGGCGGUGCGCUUUGGCGAUGUGCUGACCCGCAUCAUGAGCUUCAACUCCACGCAGAUUAUUGUCGGUGUUGAGGACGGCGGCGUGCCCGGAACGACAGGCACCAUCCGCGUGACGACGGAGACUGGCGCAUAUGUGGAGCUUGUGGAUGGCUGGACGUUUGCGUUGUUGGCGACCAUUGAUGGUGUGUCGCCGAGCAGCGGCCACUUUGGCACGCUGGUCAACAUCUCCGGCAUCAACCUGCAGGCUGGCGGGCGCUACAUUGCAACAGCCUUCCUUGCCGGUGUGGAGGUUGACUCUGUGGUGAUUGCAGACGAGCCUGACCAUGUGGUGGUGGUGGCGGGCGCCAGCACGGGUGCCAUCACCAACGGCGAUGUGGUGCUGGUGAGCGACAACGGUGCGCGCACCACCCUGGCCAACGCGUUCUCGUACGUUGCUCCGGGCAACAUCACGAGCGUGUCGCCUGGGUUUGGCCAGUACGGCACGGUUGUGCACAUUGAGGGCAGCAAUCUGCUUGGUGGUGGCUCCACUCUCUCGCGCGCCUCACUGCGGUUCGUGGAUGCGGUAUCAAUUGUGUCUGCGUCCAACACCGAGGUGGUGCUUGUGGCGGCUGCAAGCCAGGCCGGCCCAGGCCCUGUGCACCUUUACGCUGACACAGGGGCCGUUGUCUCCGCGGAGUGCGUGUGA